GCGUACAACUGGCAAAUAACGGCUAAACCGACUUCAAACCGCCUUUCUGCAUUUAUAAAUGAUCUUUUGGCAGAGCUCAUGGAGUUGGUUGUUACAUUAAGUGUGGGCGAGUUCAUUCCUCAGCUCUCGUGGGUGAGUCGACUCACUGGGUUCGACGCUCGAGUCGAUAGGGUGGCUAGACGAUUUGAUGAGUUUCUUGAUGGAGCGGUCUUGGAGAGCGCGGCUCGUUUGGAGAACAUGAUAGAACGGGGAGAAGAAGAAGAAGAAGGCGAAUCACUAGCCUUUGUAGAUGUCUUACUGCAGCUCCAAAGGGACAGCCCAGACGACUUCCACCUGGAUGGAGACGGGAUCAAAGCAGUCAUCUUGGACAUGUUCAUCGGAGGAACAGAUACAACCUCAACGCUUUUGGAAUGGGCAAUGUCGGAGCUGAUGAAACACCCGAGGGUGAUGAAGAAGCUGCCGGAGGAGGUCAGAAGAGAAGUUGGUCGACCGGCCGGUGAAGGUGUCAUUAUUUUUGAAGCCAAUUUGCACAAGCUGGAGUACCUAAAGCUAGUAAUCAAAGAGACGAUUCGAUUGCACCAGCCAGUCCCGCUGCUACCUCCAAGGCAAUUGAUGCAAGAUGCGACCAUAAUGGGGUACGAUGUAUCUGCAGGAACCAUGAUCCUCACCAAUGCCUGGGGGAUCGGAAGGGACCCGGCCGAUUGGGGGGUAUCGCCUGACGAAUUUCAGCCGGAGCGAUUUCUCCAAGCCAAACUGGAUUUCAAAGGCCAAGAUUUCCAGCUGAUACCUUUUGGAGCUGGAAGGCGAUGCUUUCCGGGGAUUUCUUUCGGCCUCGCCGUCGUCGAGGUGGCGCUGGCAAAUCUGGUGAGGGACUUUGACUGGAAGCUUCCCGGUGGAAUGAGAGGGGAGGAUUUGGACAUGUCUGAGUGUGUUGGUCUUACAGCCCGCCGAGACCUCCCUCUUCUCACCAUUGUCUCUGCCCGCCGCCCAACUUAA